AUGGCUGCCUCCGCUCUUCCUCAUUCUCUCAAUAAUCUCUCUCAUCAUCAUCGACAAGAUGAACAAGAAUCGCUCUUGCGAUUCAAAUCUGUUGCUUCCAUGAACGGCAAUUCUCUGACGACUGGACUCCUUCACACCCCUUCUGCAACUGGUCUGGUGUCAUUUGUCACUCCUCUUCUCAUUCUUGGUGCCAUUCCGCCCCAAGUCGGCCGAUUCCCACAUCUAAGGGAACUCUCUCUGGAUAACAAUUACCUCACUGGUGACAUUCCACCUCAGUUUGGCCAACUUUCGUAUCUACGGCAACUCUGGCUUUACACAAAUCAAUUACAAGGAACGAUUCCGCCCGCUCUCUCUGCUUGCCGCAGUUUGUAUGACCUGGAACUCUCCUCUAACCAACUGCAUGGUAGCAUCCCGCCUGAGCUCAGUCUUCUCACAAGUUUGAAGUACCUCUCAUUGGCCUUUAACGGUAUCACAGGUACCAUUCCUAGCUCUUUAGGAAAUAUCUCCACCUUAGUUCAAUUGGAGUUGGGCGGAAAUAACUUAUCGGGCACCAUUCCUAGCUAUUUAGGAAAUCUGUCUAACUUGGAUUAUCUCAGUUUGGCAGAAAACCAUCUCCAAGGCCCCAUUCCAUGGGAAAUUUGUACCAAGCUCUCCAAAUUGGUGAAGCUUAGGACCUUCGAUGCCUUGGAGAGCCUCAAGAAACCUUCGAUGGGAGAUGAAGCUGCUUCCAAUUUGAUAGCUACCAUACCAGAACUCCUGGAUAAUACCAAUUCCACAGGAACACUGGCAUCUGACAGUCAAAGUACUACAUCUAGAGGUUGUGGGGGACAUGCUCGUGAUCACAAUGGUAGGCUUGUUUCAAUAGUGGCACUCCCACUGGGUACCCAGACAAACCACUUUGCUGAGGAAAAUGUAGCCUACAUUGGGCUUCAACUUGCUAUUUGUGGAGGAAAGACCAUCGAUCCUCUCAAUAGUGUUUUGCCUUUAGUUGCUAAAUCGAGCAAAAAGAACUUGGAGGUAAAUACACUGGAUAGCGAAGUGAAGACUGCCACUGGACCUUCUACCAAGAAUCAAAGCAAGAAUCAGGAGAGGAACAACUCAACAUUCAUUAUGGAGGAGCUCGAGGAUAUUAACAAAAAUAUAAUCCAGAAAAAUAUUGAGCUCAUGAAAGCUCUUGGAUAG